AUGCAAAAUGCUUAUUUUGGCAAUAAAAUAAAACUAACAUUAUAUUUUUUUUUUGUUGUGUUUUUAAAAUCAUAUGAUAAAAUUGAAGCUUAUAAUUUAUCUAGGAAUAUAGAAAAAUUAAGUUAUAUAUUAAAUUACCAGAAUACGAAUGGAAACAUAAAUGAUAAGAUAAAUAAAUCAUGUUUGAAGAAAAAAGAAUUUAGAAGAAAAUUUUUAAAGAAUUUUAAUGAUGAUGUCAAAGUAAUUAGGGAGGAUAUUUCAUCAGAUAGUUCACCUGUGGAAAAAUAUAAUUUUAAAGCAGAAGUUAAUAAAGUAAUGGACAUAAUUGUUAAUUCCUUAUAUACAGAUAAGGAUGUAUUUUUAAGAGAGUUAAUAUCAAAUGCCUCAGAUGCAUGUGAUAAAAAAAGAAUUAUAUUAGAAAACGAUACAUUAAUGAAAGAAGCACACAAAUUAAGCGAAUCAGGAGUUAAAGAAGAACAGGUAGAUAUAAAGAAUGAUGAAGAAGUUAAAGAAGAAGGAGAAAAGAAAGAGGAAACUGAAGAAGUUAAUGAAAUUAAAAAAUUAAUAAUAAAAAUAAAACCUGAUAAAGAAAAAAAAACAUUAACAAUAAUUGAUAAUGGAAUUGGUAUGGAUAAAAAUGAAUUAAUAAACAAUCUAGGAACCAUAGCUCAGUCAGGAACUGCGAAAUUUCUAAAACAAAUUGAAGAGGGGAAGGCAGAUAGUAACUUAAUUGGUCAAUUUGGUGUUGGUUUUUACUCAUCUUUUCUCGUUUCUAAUAAGGUAGAAGUGUUUACAAAAAAAGUAGAUCAAAUAUAUAGAUGGUUUUCUGAUUUAAAUGGUAGUUUUAUCGUGAAUGAAAUAAAAAAAUAUGAUCAGGAAUAUGAUGAUAUAAAAAGUAGUGGAACAAAAAUUAUUUUAUAUUUAAAGGAAGAAUGUGAUGAAUAUUUAGAAGAUUAUAAAUUAAAGGAAUUAAUAAAAAAGUAUUCUGAGUUUAUUAAAUUUCCAAUUGAAAUAUGGUCAGAAAAAAUAGAUUAUGAAAGAGUUCCGGAUGAUUCUGUAUCUUUAAAAGAUGGAGAUAAAAUGAAAAUGAAAACUAUUACAAAGAGGUAUCAUGAAUGGGAAAAAAUAAAUGUACAAUUGCCAAUAUGGAAACAAGAUGAAAGAAAAUUAACUGAAAAUGAUUAUUAUAGUUUUUAUAAGCAUACUUUUAAAGCCUAUGAUGACCCAUUAGCUUAUGUUCAUUUUAAUGUAGAGGGUCAAAUUUCCUUUAACUCAAUUUUAUAUAUACCUGGAUCUUUACCAUGGGAAUUAACUAAAAAUAUGUUUGAUGAAGAAUCAAGAGGAAUAAGGUUAUAUGUGAAAAGAGUUUUUAUAAAUGACAAAUUUUCAGAAUCCAUACCUAGAUGGUUAACUUUUUUAAGGGGUAUAGUAGAUAGUGAAAAUUUGCCAUUAAAUGUUGGAAGAGAAAUUCUACAGAAAUCUAAAAUGUUAUCAAUUAUUAAUAAGAGGAUUGUUCUUAAAAGUAUUAGCAUGAUGAAAGGAUUGAAGGAAAGUGGUGGAGAUAAGUGGAAUAAAUUUAUUAAUACUUUUGGGAAAUAUCUCAAAAUUGGUGUUGUAGAAGAUAAAGAAAAUCAAGAAGAAAUUGCUUCUUUAGUUGAGUUUUAUUCAAUUAAUAGUGGAGAUAAAAAGAUAGAUCUCGAUACCUAUAUAGAAAAUAUGAAAGAGGAUCAAAAAUGCAUUUACUAUAUUUCGGGAGAAAAUAAAAAAACAGUACAAAAUUCUCCGUCUUUAGAAAAACUUAAAGCUCUAAAUUAUGAUGUCUUAUUUUCUUUAGAACCAAUAGAUGAAUUCUGUUUAUCUUCCUUAACAGUUAAUAAAUAUAAAGGCUAUGAUGUUUUAGAUGUAAACAAAGCUGAUUUAAAAUUAAAAAAAGAAAAUAAUCAAAACAAGAGUGAUAAUUUAGAUAAAUUAAAAAUGCAAUAUGAAAUAUUAUGUAGAUGGUUACAUAAUAAAUUUUCUCAUAAAGUACAUGAAGUCCGAAUAUCUGAUCGUUUAAUUAAUUCUCCUGCUUUGUUAGUUCAAGGUGAAAUGGGUAUAUCCCCUUCAAUGCAAAAAUAUAUGAAGCAACAAGCUACUGCUCAAGGAAUUUCAGAAAAUGAAAUGUUUGGAGGACAAACAGCAAAUCAACCAGUUUUAGAAAUUAAUCCUAAUCAUUUUAUCAUUAAACAGUUAAAUCACUUAAUACAAAUAGAUAAAAUGAAUUCACAAAUCUCUGAAAUUGCAGAGCAAAUUUUUGAUAUUGCAUCUAUGCAAGGAGGAUAUACAAUUGAUGAUACUGGACUUUUUGCAAAAAGAGUUAUAAAAAUGAUGGAACAAAAUGCACAAACAUAUUUGAUAAAUGUUCAAAAGAAUAAAGAAAGUACUGAGGAAACUAGUUCAUCUAUUGAUAGUUCUCUAGAAAAAAAUACUGCUAAUGAUCCGACACAGGGAAAUAGUUUAACUCAAAACGAAAUUAAUCAAGAUGGUUCAAAUGAAAAUCAAGUAAAUAAAAAUGAUGUGGAUCAAACUAAUAUAAAUAAAGAUAAGAAAAGUGAAAAUAAUGUUAAUCAAAAUGAUAUAGAUAAAAAUUUCUUAAAAGAUAAAGUUAUUGACAAUUCAGACAAAACAUAA